AAUUGCUUUGUAAGAUGAAAAAACAAAAAAAGAUUAGGUAAUUAUAAAAUAAUAAUAAUAGAAAAAUUAAUCGUCGAGUGAUUUAAGUAACAUAAAUAUUAAAGGAAGAGUUAUUAGAUUCAUGGGUGAAUACCAAUGAGUAUUUAUUGUCAAAGUUAGAUAUUCCUACAAGUUUUAAUUGUUAAGCUCCUGGAUCAAUGUUGGAAAUUUUCUUAGAAAUGUGAAUAAAAUAAAUCUUUCUUCUUUAUUAUAAUAAUUAUUGGGGUGGAUAGUAGAAGUUGAAAGAGUAUUGUUUAGAUCGACUAUAAUAUUCAGCUUGGCAAUCUAAAAUAAAUGAUAUUUAAGG